CAACUGCCCAAAAAACCCGAAAGCCCAAAACUAAUAGUUUUACCUCUAUUUUGGAUCAAAUCCUGAAAAAAUAUAACUUAUCUACUGAAUCUGAUCUAUUUCAAUUAUGUGCCCAUGCUAAUGAGCUUGGUGAUAUGCUUCCAGAUUGGAAGGCUUGUAAAGAUAUGAAAGAGGCACUCUGUCGGCGCCUAUUCAAAGGAAAUCAAAUAGAAGCUCUUGUACCAGACAAAAGGGGGAAAAAGCUUACUAUCAAGGAAAGAGCUCGAUAUUGUGCAAAAACUGGAGAUGUGUGGGAUAUUUACUUACAUGUUUUAGACUUAGCUGAGACAAAAAAUCAUACUGAUAAGGAGAUUGUGGCGGCUAGUUCUCGUGUUUCGCAAUUUCGUAGAGAGUUAGCAGAAGCUGGAGUUGAUUCCGAGCGAAUUGAUACAUAUGCUAAAUUGCCAGAAGUUACUCGAGCUUCUAACAAAAUUCAAAAGAGGCAACUCAAACAGCGAUUACCCAAUCCACCUAAAACUUCCAAACACUUUUCCUUAGAGGAAGGACUUAGAAGAAUUCAAAAUAUCAAUACUACUAAAAUUCCUACUAUGCAAGAUCUUGCAGAUGUAAUUAUGAUGUUGAGCAUGAGACCUGCCGAAAUUGCUACUCUUCAUAUUAUCCAUUAUGAACCUGAUGAAUCGAAUCCUUCUAAAUGGUUCAAGCCUGGUUAUUCUUGGUAUUGUACCGGGUAUAUUAAAAAUAAAGGAGAAGCAAAAAAUAAUCCCGAACCUCGGCAAUUUCUAUCCAUGGAAAAGAAUCCAGAACGUGCAAAAGAAUUGCUUACCUGGAUCCAAGAUGCAAUAGCAACUGGAAAGUUACGCAAUCCUGUCUAUAGUAUUAAUGGAAAACGCAGUACAGGAGUAUUUAGUAAAUUUUUAAAACCAUAUGAUAUUACAGCCAAAAGAUUAAGAAAAAUCAGAGGUAAACAUGCUUCUAGAGUUCAUGGUGGUCAAAAUCCAACUUCGCAACAUCUUGAAUUCCUCAGCAGAAUUGCAAUGAGACAUAAGAUAGACCGUUUUGAUUCUGGAAAGUAUUAUGCUGAGGGUGAUACUUCUGAUUCUGACCUUGACUCAGAUCCAGAGCCUGAACCAGAAACUCGAGCUCCCACACCCAAGUCAACUAGUGAGAACACUUCCAUAACUGAAAUCGAGGAUAUCUAUGACUUAUAUGGGAGUAUCUAG